AUGCAAAAUCAUAAGAAAUGCAAGCCUCUUGUGUUGUCAAGUGAAUUUGUUGGUAAGAAAUUCGAAGUAAAUGUUAAGAAGACGUGGAAGUUUUUGCAAGAUGAUCGAGUUUUCACUAUUGGCAUAUAUGGAAUGGGAGGAGUCAGAAAAACAUUCAUAACAACUUAUAUAUACAAUGGGAUAAAAACAAGCAAAAUUUUCGAGGAUGUCUUAUUGGUAACUGUUUCUCAUAAUUUCAACGUCUCCAAAUUGCAAGAGAACAUUGUAGAAGAAAUAAAGGUAAACCUUUGCGGAUAUAUUAACAAGAAAAGUAGAGCAAUAAUUUUGGUAUCAAAGUUGCGGAAAAGAAAAAACACAAUACUUAUUUUCGAUGAUACUUGGAAAUAUAUCGAUCUAAAAAUUGUGGGAAUUCCUCUUCAAGUAAAGAGUAUUAAAGUGGUCAUGACAACUCGCUUGAGACAUGUGUGUCAAGAGAUGCAAUGCCUAUCAGAUAAUAUGAUAGAAGUGGGGACUUUCUAUGAUGAUGAAUAUGAAGAAACUUUGGAGUUGUUUUUGCAACAACUUCAACACUUUGGGAUACCUUCCAAACUUCAUCCUCAAGUGUAAGAUAUUGCAAGAUGUGUGGUAAGUAAAUGUGAUGAUUUAUCACUUGCAAUAAGUGUGAUGGCUCGAAUCAUGAGAGGGAAAACUAACAUCCAUAAAGGGAGAUAUGCCCUGAAUCAAUUUGACAAAUGGGAAAUGAGACAGGAAAUGGAAGAAGAAAUGUUAACUGUACUGAGACGUAGCUAUGAUAAUUUAACUAAAAGUGAGGUGAAAAAUUGUUUUUUAUACAAUGCAUUGCUACCUAAGUUGUUUUGUUAGGGAAGAUUUGAUUAUGAUGCUUGUUGACAUGAGACUCUUAAAUGGAAUGAGGAGUUUGAAAGAAAUAUUUGAAGAGAAAAAUAACAUAGUGGAUAAACUCAUAAACCAUUCAUUAUCGUUGGAACAUGAUUCAAUGUUAAGAAUGCAAGGUCUGGUGAAGAAAAUGGCCUAGAAUAUCUUGAAGGAGAGUGAUGCUAACACAAUGCUAAAAUGCAAUGAAUAUAUGAAUAGCAUAUCUGAAAUACUGGAAUGGUCAAUUGAUUCGGAAAUCGUUUCUCUUGCUAACAAUACUAUAGAAGAACUUUCAGAUGGCACAUCUCUUAAUUGUCCACGCUUGUCCACCAUGCUUUUAUUUGAUAAUUCAAUUGGACAUAUUUAUGAGGGUUUUUUCUCAUACAUGAAUGCUCUAACAACACUUGGUUUAUCAAGAAAGCAUAACUUAACACGCUUGCCUCGAUCUUUAUCAAACGUGAGGUCUCUCCACUUUGGGGUUGUGAAUCUCGUCUUUCCACUUUUAUGUGUCUUCCCCUUUACAUCUGCUAUUUCUAUACCUCCUAAACAAUGUCAGAGAUUCAAAUAUUGAAUCUUGGUCAAACUAGAGAGAAAACUUCCUAGUACCAAUUCCAAAUUGACAUUAUUGGACAAAUCUAGCCAUUUCAAGUUUAUUAAAAUUUUCAAAUCUCGUCCAGUGGAAGUAUAUCACUUAAUUUUGAACAUUAGUGGAGCACCAAAGAAGUGGAGACCUCACGUAAAGAACGAGACAAACGUGUUACGUUCUGCCUUCUUGAUAAUCCAACUAUUGUUAAAGCAUUCAUGUAUGUGAAAAAACACUCUGGAAUAUAUCCAAUUGAAUUGUCAAAUAAAAGCAAGAUGGACAAGUAUGGACAAUUAAGAGAUGUGUCCCCUAAAAUUUCUUCUAUACUAUUGUUAGCAAGAGAAUGUUUCAAACCAUUCUCCUAUGUUAGAUAUGUUUUUCAUAUUCAUUACAUUUAAGCAUGGUAUUA